AUGUCCAAGGCUGUCAUCAUGGGCAUUGCACUUGCCUCCAAUAUUGGCGGUAUGCUCUCACCCAUUGCUUCGCCGCAGAACGUCGUCGCUAUCGGUAUCAUGACGCCGGCGCCUACUUGGAUCCAGUGGUUUUUCAUUGUCAUUCCAGUUGGCAUCAUUUCUUUGCUCAUCAUCUGGGUGUUAUUGUUGAUUACUUUCCAACCGAGCAAGGGAACUACCAUCUCCCCGAUCCGCCCUGUCAAGGAAAAGUUCACCGGCAUCCAAUGGUUUGUUUCCAUUGUGACGCUGGUCACGAUCGGACUGUGGUGCGCAAGCCAUCAAAUGGAGUCCAUCUUCGGCGACAUGGGCGUCAUCGCCAUCAUUCCCAUCGUUCUCUUCUUCGGUAUCGGUAUCCUGACCAAAGAAGACUUCAACAACUUCCCAUGGACCAUCAUCAUCCUUGCUGCCGGAGGUUUGUCUCUGGGCAAAGCUGUCAAGUCAUCGGGUCUUCUGCAUACCGUUGCUGGCAUGGUUACUAAGGAAGUUGAGGGAAUGAGCCUUUACGUCGUCCUUGUCGUCUUCUCGGCGCUCAUCCUUGUCAUCGCUACGUUUAUCAGCCACACUGUUGCAGCUCUUAUCAUCCUGCCGUUGGUGUAUGACGUCGGUUACAACAUGGACGAACCUCAUCCCAACCUGCUGGUCAUGGGCGGAGUCCUUAUGUGCAGUGCCGCCAUGGGGCUACCAACAAGUGGUUUCCCGAACAUGACUGCUAUCAUGAAGGAGGACUCGACGGGUCAGAGAUAUCUCAAUGUGAAGCACUUUAUCAGCCGAGGUGUGCCCAGCAGUAUCCUCACUCUAAUUGUUGUGGUAACUCUGGGUUAUGGUCUCAUGAGAGUGGCUGGGCUAGACUGA